CGAUUCACCGAUUCCCAGAAUGCUGGGCGGAGUGGGAGCUCGUCGCAGAAGGGGCUCAUCUCCUAUGGCGCGAUUGACCAUUAGCAACAUCAACGGCCUGGAUGACAAUAUUGCCAUCAUCGGCGAUGGCGUCAUCCGGCGGAGCACGCACUACGGCUCGCAAGGGUCCAGCAAAAGGCGCCGGGCUCCGGAAAGCUUCGCUCUUGUCCAGACGCGACCAAAUCUAGGCGACCUAAUGUUGGAAGCGGCUCAGGAAGUAGUGCAAGCAGAGCAUCAACAGGACUCCUUAGGCGGGGGGCACUUGGGUCGAAAGGGAGCCCAUCGCUUAGCUGAUAGAAUGGGUGGCCCGAAAAAAGAGGAAAACCCACCAGGUGGUGGUCCGACGUCAUUGUUUAUUCUAACCGAGGAUAACCCAAUUAGAAAGUACACACGAUUCAUCAUAGAAUGGCCGCCCUUUGAAUACGCUGUGUUAUUGACAAUCAUAGCCAACUGUGUUGUGUUGGCACUAGAGGAGCACUUGCCAGGGGGCGACAAGACAGUAUUGGCUCAAAAAUUGGAAAAAACGGAGGCCUAUUUUUUAUGCAUUUUCUGUGUAGAAGCGUCGCUCAAGAUCCUCGCCUUAGGGCUUGUUCUGCAUAAACACUCCUAUCUCAGGAAUAUUUGGAACAUCAUGGAUUUUUUCGUUGUAGUUACGGGAGCCAUGACGAUAUUUGCUGAGGCCAAUAUAGAUGUUGACCUGCGUAUGUUACGAUCUUUUCGUGUUUUACGCCCACUGAAGCUCGUAUCCCGAAUUCCAAGUUUACAAGUAGUUUUAAAAUCUAUAAUCAAGGCGAUGGCACCUUUACUGCAAAUCGGUCUCUUGGUGUUGUUUGCAAUCGUAAUUUUUGCAAUCAUUGGACUCGAGUUUUAUUCGGGCGCACUGCAUAAGACUUGUUAUAGCUUAGAAGAUCCAAACAAACUAGUGAAGGAGGGCGAAUCAGAGACGCCUUGCAACACGGACAACAUCCUGGAAAAGGCCACCGGCUCAUUCGUAUGCAACAACACCACGAGCAUGUGUCUGGAGAAGUGGGAGGGACCAAAUUCAGGUAUCACGAGUUUCGAUAAUAUCGGAUUUGCCAUGUUGACCGUAUUCCAAUGUAUCACGAUGGAGGGCUGGACGUCAAUACUGUAUUGGACCAACGACGCAUUAGGUUCAGCAUUUAAUUGGAUAUAUUUCGUGCCUCUUAUAGUUAUAGGCUCAUUUUUUAUGCUCAACUUAGUUCUUGGUGUCCUCAGUGGAGAGUUUUCGAACGAACGAAAUCGUGUCGAACGUCGCAUGGAGUUUCAAAAAUGCCGCUUUCGGGCCAUGUUUCAGACAGCAAUGGUCUCGUACCUUGACUGGAUCACACAAGCAGAGGAGGUAAUCCUGGCCGAGGAGCGCACCACGGAAGAAGAGAAAAUGCACAUAAUGGAGGCUCGAAGACGAAACGCUGCCAAGCGGAAAAAGCUGAAAAGUUUGGGAAAAUCAAAGUCCACGGAUACGGAGGAAGAGGAAGCGGAGGAAGAUUAUGGAGAUGAUGGUUACCUCAAAACGCGCUCGAAACCUCAAGGAAGUUGUACCGGAUUUUGGCGGGCGGAGAAAAGGUUUCGUUUUUGGAUCCGGCACACGGUGAAGACGCAGUGGUUCUACUGGUUCGUGAUCGUCCUCGUCUUUCUGAACACAGUCUGCGUUGCCGUCGAGCAUUACGGCCAGCCCUCGUUCCUCACGGAGUUUCUGUACUAUGCUGAAUUCAUCUUCCUGGGACUCUUCAUGUCGGAGAUGUUCAUCAAGAUGUACGCGUUGGGGCCCCGCAUCUACUUUGAGUCGUCGUUCAACCGAUUUGAUUGCGUUGUCAUUAGUGGUUCGAUAUUCGAAGUGAUCUGGUCCGAGGUGAAAGGCGGUUCGUUUGGUCUGUCUGUGCUGCGUGCCCUGCGAUUGCUGCGCAUCUUCAAAGUCACCAAGUACUGGUCGUCGCUGCGCAAUCUAGUCAUCUCUCUGUUGAACUCGAUGAGAUCGAUCAUCUCAUUGUUGUUCCUGCUCUUCUUGUUCAUCCUCAUAUUCGCCUUACUGGGCAUGCAGUUGUUUGGCGGCCAGUUCAAUCUGCCCGGAGGCACGCCCGAAACCAAUUUUAACACUUUCCCGAUAGCACUGUUGACUGUAUUCCAAAUCCUCACUGGCGAAGAUUGGAACGAGGUCAUGUACCAGGGCAUCAUAUCUCAGGGUGGUGCGCAGAAAGGAAUGAUUUACUCUAUAUACUUUAUCGUUUUGGUACUCUUCGGAAAUUACACGCUAUUGAAUGUGUUCUUGGCUAUCGCCGUUGAUAAUUUGGCGAAUGCCCAAGAACUUACAGCAGCCGAAGAGGAACAAGUCGAAGAGGAUAAAGAGAAACAACUGCAGGAGCUCGAGAAGGAGAUGGAGGCCCUCCAGGCGGAUGGAGUCCAUGUGGAGAACGGCGAUGGUGCUGUCGCCCCCAGCAAGUCCAAGGGCAAGAAGAAGGAGGAGGAGAAGAAAGAGGAGGAGGAAGUGACCGAGGGUCCCAAGCCGAUGCUGCCCUACUCAUCGAUGUUCAUACUAUCACCAACCAAUCCCAUACGACGCGGCGCCCAUUGGGUGGUUAAUUUGCCAUAUUUUGAUUUCUUCAUUAUGGUUGUCAUCUCAAUGUCAUCAAUAGCAUUAGCAGCCGAAGAUCCCGUUCGUGAGAACUCGAGGCGAAACAAGAUAUUGAAUUAUUUCGAUUAUGCAUUUACCGGCGUAUUCACGAUAGAAAUGUUGCUGAAAAUUGUAGACUUGGGUGUGAUCCUGCACCCUGGCAGCUAUUUAAGAGAAUUCUGGAAUAUUAUGGAUGCUGUGGUCGUUAUAUGCGCUGCUGUUAGUUUCGGUUUCGAUAUGAGCGGUAGCAGCGCUGGACAAAAUUUAUCGACUAUUAAAUCGCUUCGGGUAUUGCGUGUACUACGCCCAUUGAAGACCAUUAAGCGUGUACCGAAAUUGAAAGCCGUGUUUGAUUGCGUCGUGAACUCAUUGAAAAAUGUUGUUAACAUUCUAAUCGUGUACAUAUUGUUUCAAUUUAUAUUUUCUGUUAUUGGAGUACAAUUGUUCAAUGGAAAAUUUUUUUAUUGUACGGACGAAAGUAAACAUACUUCCGCAGAGUGCCAGGGCUCGUACUUCAAGUACGAGGAGGACGAACUGCUGCCAAGACAGGAACUACGGGUCUGGAAGCCCCGGGCCUUUCACUACGACAAUGUUGCCGCUGCGAUGUUGACCCUGUUCGCCGUUCAGACCGGCGAGGGAUGGCCACAGGUCUUGCAACACUCAAUGGCUGCCACUUAUGAAGAUAGGGGUCCAAUCCAAAAUUUCCGGAUCGAAAUGUCCAUAUUUUAUAUUGUGUAUUUUAUUGUAUUUCCGUUCUUCUUCGUCAACAUAUUCGUCGCCUUGAUUAUUAUUACGUUUCAAGAGCAAGGCGAAGCUGAGUUACAAGAUGGCGAAAUUGACAAAAAUCAGAAAUCCUGCAUCGAUUUUACUAUAGGAGCACGACCUCUCGAACGCUAUAUGCCCAAGAAUCGGAACACCUUCAAGUAUAAGGUGUGGCGAAUUGUGGUGUCAACGCCUUUUGAGUACUUCAUUAUGAUGUUGAUCGUAUUCAAUACCCUAUUGCUGAUGAUGAAGUAUCACAAUCAGGGAGACAUGUACGAAAAGUCGCUGAAGUACAUCAACAUGGGAUUCACCGGAAUGUUUAGUGUAGAAACGGUGCUGAAGAUCAUUGGAUUCGGUGUUAAGAACUUCUUCAAGGACCCGUGGAACAUAUUCGAUUUAAUCACCGUUUUGGGCAGUAUUGUGGAUGCACUUUGGAUGGAAUUCGGGCACGAUUCGAACUCAAUCAACGUCGGCUUCCUGCGUUUAUUUCGAGCGGCGCGACUUAUCAAAUUACUUCGUCAAGGAUACACGAUUCGAAUUCUUCUGUGGACAUUUGUGCAAUCCUUUAAGGCACUUCCCUAUGUCUGUUUGCUUAUAGCAAUGCUAUUUUUCAUAUACGCCAUUAUCGGCAUGCAGGUGUUCGGGAAUAUCAAACUAGGUACGGUGGAAAAUUCCAUUACUAGACACAACAACUUCCAAUCAUUUAUUCAAGGCGUCAUGUUGCUAUUCAGGUGUGCAACUGGCGAGGCCUGGCCCAACAUAAUGCUGGCAUGUUUGAAGGGCAAGGCCUGCGACGAUGACGCCGAGAAGGCACCUGGGGAGUACUGCGGAUCCACACUGGCCUACGCCUACUUCGUAUCGUUUAUAUUCUUCUGCUCCUUCCUGAUGCUCAAUCUGUUCGUCGCCGUCAUCAUGGAUAAUUUCGAUUAUCUCACCAGGGACUCCAGCAUAUUGGGUGCCCAUCACUUAGACGAAUUUGUGCGCAUAUGGGCGGAAUAUGAUCCAAAUGCGACUGGAAAAAUACACUACACGGAAAUGUACGACAUGCUGAAGAACAUGGAUCCACCGUUGGGUUUUGGCAACAAGUGUCCCAACCGACUGGCCUACAAGAAACUGAUUAGAAUGAAUAUGCCAUUGGACGAUGAAUUGAGAGUUCAGUUCACCACAACGUUAUUCGCUUUGAUUCGUGAGAAUCUCAGCAUCAAAAUGAGAGCGCCUGAGGAGAUGGACCAGGCGGACAUGGAACUGCGGGAGACCAUCACGAACAUCUGGCCAUUGCAGGCGAAGAAGAUGCUGAACCUGCUGGUGCCGCCCAGCGAUCAGCUCAACAAGGGCAAACUGUCAGUGGGUAAAAUCUAUGCAGGUUUCCUCAUCCUGGAGUCCUGGCGUAGCACGCGGUUCGGCCAACUCGAUUCGGGAAUGCCGCGGAAGAAGCUGGAGCACGACGAUGAGCAUAAAUAUAGCCCAACGGCAGUCGAGGAGCCGAAACAAUCAUUCUUUAACUGCCUACUCGAUAUGGCCGCCCUUGACAAAGGAGGAUCGCGACAGGGCUCCAUAAGUUUCGAGCCGAAUGGGGAAGGAGCCGCCAACUCACAAACACAUUUGUUAGCCAGCACGCACCACCACCACGCAAACGGUGAUGCCGAACACAACAGUUUGGCAACACUAGCACGGCGGAGUACGAUCAGAAAGCGAUCAGUUAGAAACAAAAAGAUGCUGGAGCUGCAGGACGCGUCGAGACAUCCCUCGCAGGAGUCGCUUACCGGUGCCGAUGCUGGCCAUUUACAUCCUGGACAUUCGUAUAUGAAUGGCCAUCGGCGAUCGCCUAGCUUGAGGCACAACGGCUCUCCACUGGCCAGAUCUCCGAGUCCUCGACGGCGUGGCCAUCAAUACAUACAUCAUGAUAUCGGGUUCUCCGAUACCGUAUCUAAUGUUGUAGAGAUGGUCAAGGAGACUCGUCAUCCUAGGCAUGGCAACAGUCAUCCGCGGUAUCCAAGAGGUUCAUGGUCAGCAUCGACAAGUCCGGCCCGUUCGCCUUCGCCUUCUCGAUAUGGUGGUCAUUUGUCUCGCAGUAAACGCACUCAACUGCCUUAUCCCACAUAUGGGACAACCAGUCUAUGUCAAAGAUCACGAUCGCCGAGUCCCGCUAGACUUCAGGAGAUGCGUGAACGAGACAGACUUGGUUAUGGGAUUGAUAUGGGUGUAACGCAUGUACAGCAUAGUUACCCAACACUGGCCUCCCGAAGAGCCGGAAUCGGAAGACGCCUUCCUCCGACUCCCAGCAAACCGUCAACACUGCAGCUCAAGCCAACCAAUAUCAAUUUCCCGAAGCUGAAUGCCAGUCCCACACAUACACACCACUCAACGCCCCACAGUGUUCACUCGCUACCACACCACCGCGACCUGCUGCGAGAUCCAAGGGAUAUGUACUAUAGUAGUAGAGAACGCGAGCGGGAUCGCGAACGCCUUAGGGAUCGGGAUCGUGAUAGGGAUCGCGAUCGUCUGCACGAGUACGACCUGCGGUACGAGUACCGGGAUCGGGAACGGGAGUUGUACGAGCGCGAAAGAGAUCGCGAGCGGGAGGUCGAAAGAGAAAGACUGGAAUAUAUAGCACCGCUGUCGUUUGAACAAGCGCUGGCUAUGGGCCGAACAGGUCGUGUACUGCCAUCUCCAGUUCUAAACGGUUUUAAGCCAAAGAGUGGUCUGAACCCUCGACACUCCGAUUCGGAUGAGGAGGAUUGGUGCUAGCAAAGGCUUUGAUUGCGAUCGCGUAAUCGAAAGGAUCAGAUCUGGGUAUAGCAUCAGGCCAUUUGCUCCUCUUUGUCAGCACCAAACUUAGAUCACAAUUUUGAUACGAUACGACACAGCUACCAGAUACCCGAACAUCUGCAAACCCUUCCAUACCUUUGUCCACCAGUACACCAACACCAACACCAAACCCAAAACCAACGACAACACCAAGAGCAGCACCUAUAUCAAAGGUAUGGCACGAACGUAUCGACACCGAAACUAGGAACAACUAUAUCUGAUAUCAAAUUGGCUGGAGUUAGCUUACAGGAAUUAAACCCGAAUCGACAACCGCAAUCGCAACAGAAGCAGGAGCAACAAUUGCAUCAGGAUGGGUGGCUUAGAUGGUACCGGCAAUCGGGUCCAUACGGAUCCCCAGUGAUGGCAUCAUUGCCGGAGACCAGAGCAACAUCGCCCCACUCCGAUAUCGAAUUCAUCAGAACUAUGAAGAGAAGUGAAACCGGAACAACUGCAAUAACACCAAGGACAACUAAAACUGAAGCAAUGAUAUUAAGCGUACCAAUUACAAUAACGUCCCCAUUAGCUAUUAAAAAGAUAUAUUCAGAUAAUGACAUUAAUUAUAAUACCGAACGAGCCACUGAUAAUGACAGAGUGGACGAAGCACCAGCUCUUCAUUAUCACCAGCCAGAACUAACUACACCAGAUCUACAACACGAGCCACCACUGCAGCAGCAUCACCAGCACUAUCCGCAGUAUUCGUAUCAUACGCUCUAAGGAGGAUAGGAUCAAGAACGAGCAUCCAUUAUGCAGACGCCACAAUCCAUAGUUUCAUAGUCCAGAAACUAGUAGCCAGAGUCUAGAAACUAGAAA